UUGCCCCGGCAUGAGGAGGCUCCGGGUCAGUUGGAGACUCCAAGUCAUGACAGCCCACAACUUGGCGGAGACCCGCAGUCCGAGCCUGAGUCUGAGCUAGAAGAUCAUGAUGAAGUCCCUCCACAUCACGGAGACUUUGGGCCUGGAUUUCGACAGAACCCGUUGGUUGACAAUGACUAUACGUUUGCAAAAGCAGGUGGGAAGUAUUGGUACAUGGGACCAACAUCAUCAUGGUCCUUCUGUCGCCGAGUCCUAGCCCUACUAGGGAAAAGAAUCCCAGAAGCAGCUCCAGAUCCAUGGCAUCUGCCUCACGAAGGCGCAUUCCGAAUGCAAUGGAAGCCCCUCGGCAUCAACGAAGAGCCCGACGUAUCGAACCUUCCUCCACUAGACUACGCCAUGUUCCUCUUCAACACGGCCAAGUAUUAUCUCGGCGCCGUGUUCUAUCUCAUCGACGAGUCGUCGUUCAUGAAGAAUCUCCACGAGUUUUACGAAGACCCCGCCGCUAAAGCCAGUUCUUCGAGACUAUGGUACGCUCAGUACCUCCUGAUACUGGCCUUCGGCAAAGCCUUCGUGGUAUCUCACAGUAGCCCUCACACCGGGCCACCGGGCGUCCAGUAUGCUACGCGGGCCAUGGCCUUACUUCCCGAUCUUUCGGGCCUCAACCCGGACACCAUCUCUUCUAUUCAAGCUCUAGCGCUUGCCGCUGUCUACUUCCAGUGCUUGGAUAUGAGACUCGCGGCUUUCCAACACAUCGGCCAGGCACUACGCAUCAGUAUUGUUGAGGGUAUCUACAGACACAUGCCGGAAGAAGUCGUGGGCGUCGAACACUCACGGCGCUGUAAUAUCGUCUUCUGGGUGGUAUACACCCUUGAUAGAGAGUUCGCCGCCCUCAUGGGAGCGCCGAGCUCCAUCCGAGAUGAGGAUAUCACGGUCAAACUUCCUUCGCAGGUUGACGAUUCCCUGGAUGCGCUCAACAUGACUCUCCACGUCCGUCUCUCGCGUCUCAUGGCGCGAAUCUUGACGACGGUGUACGGCGUCGGCAAAUCGUUCGAUGGCUCACUCGUAUCAAACAGCAAAUCCAUUCUCAGAGACUUGGCCCGCCUUUCCCGAGACUUGACGGCUCUCCUCGAUACCCAUUUCCAGGGGUCGUGCGUCGUACUCACCACCCGGCCCCUCGUCAUGUGCGCAUUACACAUCCACAUCGAGCAUUCAGACUUGCGAAAUACGCAAACCGUCUCCUUGACACCGCCCGUAGCAUCGCUGCUGCAGUCUUGCGUCGACUCGGCUCAGACAGUCCUCAGGACUCUUCGGGUACUCGGAGAUGAGGACUUACUAGAGGCGUUCCUGCCCUUCCAGCUUGAAGACGCCUUCUCGUCCGCAUUCCUCCUCUUCCUCAUCCGCGUCAUCGACCCCUCUCUUCUUCACGACGACACGUGGUGCGAAAACAUCAAGUGCGUCCUGGACAAGAUGAUUCAAAAGGGGAGUCUGGUCGCUCCGUUGCGAAAGCUGGAGCUGAGCCAGCUCGAAAACAUCAUGACCGCCUUCACUCCCGCCCCCGAGCAGCCCCCGACUCCGUCGCCGAGCACGGCACAUCCCCAACCCCAAGACCACGGUUCGUUCCUGGAUCAGAUGGAGCACGAGGAGCCGGGGUGGGACAUAUUCGAUACGAGUGGGAUGGGCGGUCUCUCGCCCCAGGCGUUGCUGGAUCUAGCCGAAAGGUUAGACGUGGAGGAUUUGAUGCAGUCUGUAGAUGAUCAAGUAUCAUGA